AUGGCCCUCUCGGACGAAAUACGCGUCCUCAAUCAUCUCAAUCCCCUUCUCGCUUUCAUGACGUUCAACGUCCCCGACGUAGCCAACGGGCUCUGCCAUUAUACCGCCCACGCAGAGCGCGUCGCUCUGCUUGCACGACUUCUGGACCAUAUGUUCCAUGAUAGACACGUCGACAAGGCCCUCCUGCGCGUAUAUAUCCCAAAUUGCCUCCCCAACUUCAUCUCGGACGUGCUCCGCCGCGGGAACUUCCACCCCAACGUCGUGGCAGCCGCGAUGAUCCUCCUUCAAAAACUCCACAAGACGGGUGCCGAGCCGAUAUCGGACAAGGCCACGGACAAGGCCAAGGACAACUUCAUCGCCGCUUUGGUCGUCGCAAACAAGUUCCUAGUGGACGAGACUUGUAAUAAUGCCACAAUUGCAGACAUGGCCGGUGCGCCAUACACCGCCCGCAGGAUCAGUGAGCUGGAACGGGGCCUACUCAAACGCCUUGAUUACAAUGUCGCGUUCUCUCCCGAAGAACUGGAAUACUCGGAACACCAGGUCAAUGCAAGUUUCGGCCACACGCAUGUGUCGGUCUUCCGCGCAGGGCGCGUUGAGUCGAUCCACAUGGCGUGCGCAAUCAGUGCGGCCCAAGGUCAUCAAUGCUACACGUUGCCGAACGGAUCGCUGCAACCGUAUAACGCGGGGCAGGUCGCAACGGGCGCCGCCACGCCAUGGUACGCAGGGAACACACUCUUCCGCCCAAUCCCGUAUGCACACCACUACGGCGAUCUCCUGUUUGUGCUGCGUGCGCCGCGGAUGUCGUUCAGUACGCAGGAAUGCGACUGUGAGUUUUGCCAGAUGUAG